AGAUAAGUUCAUAUCUUUUUCUCGAGCUCUCUCUUCUUUUCUAACGCAUCGUGUCUAGAUAAAAAUGAGUUUAUGUUCAGAGAUUUCUCUACAUUCUGUUCCUCUUUGGAACAGAGGAUGUUCUGUUUAUAACGAUGACGACCAAGACUCUGUUCUUCUCUACCCUGAGCUUACUCUCUCUCCAUUGAACAAGUCUCUUGCGAUCAGAACCUUGGGUUCGUCUGGCGUUGUCUCUGUUGGAGGAUACAAAAUUAAAGCUAGUUUGUCCUCCACUCUUGAGAGCAUUUUCGAUAAGUAUGGUGACAUUGCAUCAGAUUCCAAGCUCCAAUCUCUCUCCACACGGACGUACCAUCUCGAGACUCUAGCCGAGGUUGUUCUCGAGCUACAGUCAACGCCUCUGCGUCGGCUGACUCAAUCACGAGCUAGUGAGAUUCUAGAGAUCGUUAAGGACAUAGAGACGGCAAAGAUCCGAGUGAGUUGGCUCCGGUCUGUUCUCGAGGAGGUUGUUGAGGCAACCAGGUUUAUAAAAAGACGUGAUACGGUAGCUGUAGAGAAAGAAGCGUGCGAGCAAGGUUUGGUUCUUGCCAAGAAAGAAAUGGAGUUGAGUUUGAAGAAGCUUGAAGACAAGGAAAAAGAGAUGAGGGAGUUUCGAGAGAGAUUGAUGAAGACAACAGGGACAUUGGGGUCUUUGGAGAUGAAGCGGUCGUGUCUUGAUAAGAGAUUCGAGUUUCUGAGAUCUAAAGUCGAUAAGUUUCAGGGUCAAUCUGUUUUCAUGGAUGUUUUGUAAAAAAGAACAUUUAUUUUGCUCUGCUUAGUUUCUUUAAAAGUGUGUGCGUUUUCAAACACU